AUGCUACUGCAAAGUCGAUGUAAAGUAGGAAAAUCCAAAUAUACCUCCAAGUUGUUAGCAAUUGCUUUAAGUAAAAGAAUUGAUGUCAAUGAAAAAAUAUUUAAAAGAGAACAAACUACAUGGGUAACAGCAUUUAAUGAAAGUAACAAAAUUUCAGAGCUACUGCUUAAAGGAGUACAAUAUGUAUCUGAAAAGGAUAGAAAUGGGAAAGAUGCAUUAAUGCAUGCGACCGAAUGUGGACACCUAGUGAUAGUAGAAUUGUUACUGAAUUGUGGCAGUAAAGUAAAUGAAGUUGACAAUUGUGGAUGGGAUGCUUUAAUGACAGCAUGCGCAUCUAACCGGAACCAAGUGGCUGAAUUGCUAAUUAACUGGGGCAGUGAUGUAAAUAGAUGUGACAGAUAUGGCCAAACAGCUCUAUAUAUAUCUACUUUAAAAGGCUUUCCGCAUUGUGUCGAUAUACUUUUAAAGAGAGGCUGUAAUAUAACUCAAGUGGAUAAACAAGGGUUGAAUGCAUUAAUGCUUGCAUCCCGUACUGGACAGUAUAAAAUAGUACAACAGCUAUUGAACAGCGUUAUAGAUCAAGCUGAUGAAAAUGGCAAUACGUCAUUAAUUCUUGCAUCGUUGCAUGGGCAUGAUGAAGUUGUUAAUCAGCUGCUUAUUAGACGUUGCAAUAUAAAAAUAAAAAACAAACACGGGCAAGAUGCUUUAACAAUAGCAUGCCAUAAAGGACAUUACAAAGUAGUACAGCUGCUCCUUUCAGUACAUAAUGAGCUGAAUUUUGAUGAAGAAAAAAUAGAAGAUUCAAUGUUAUAUAAUGCAUUGAUCAUUGCAUCCAAGGCGGGACAUGAUACUAUUGUUCAGCUACUACUUACAAAAGCUUCUGUUUUAAAUCAGAAUAACAAAUAUAGGUUUAACGCCUUGAUGCUUGCUGCUAGCGAUGGUAAUGAAACACUUUUAAAAUGCUUAAUAAAAAACGGAACUGAUUUAAAUCAAGUCAACGAAGACGGGUUCAGCGCCUUAAUGUGCGCAGCGAAUACAAAAAGAGCUAACAUUAUUGAAAUGUUACUUAACCAGGGAGUCGAUCUAAAUAACACUGAUAUAGAUGGGUUUAAUGCAUUGAUGAUUGCGUCGAAUGAAGGCGACAACGAAACAGUGAAAAUGUUGCUUAAUAAAGGAGCCAAUUUAAAUCAAGUUAACAAACGUGGUGAAAAUGCAUUAAUGCUUGCUUCUACAGCUGGCUAUGAAGAAAUUGUUGAAGUGUUGAUAGAAAACAGAAUCGAUUUAUAUCAGGUCAAUAAGGAUGGUUAUAAUGCUUUGAUGCUUGCAUGUUUUAAGGGAUAUAGCAGGGUUAUUGAUUUGUUAAUUAACGGAGGAAUCAAUAUUCAUCAAGCGCGUAACCUUGUUUUAGGGACAUGUAUCUUUACAGUUCGUCUAAAAUUUGGGAUAAGCUUUCAAAAAUGUGCCUUCGGUUUACGACAAAAAAGAGCAAUUAUUAGAAAAACAAUCAACCGUCAAUAUGCCAAGAACCAACGAUUUGAAAUUCUGUUGGACAUUGUCGGAGAACUACUGACUGAGUUCAGUAACACUAAGCAUUUUGAUGUAUUCUACUUCUACAUGCUUCAAAAAUGUCUUAAUCUUAUAUACAUUGCCAUAUUAGCGCACGAUGAUAACAAAGCAUCAAGGUUUUUGUCAAUGCUUCUUGAACGUGAUUAUGCUGGUAUCUAA